CCUUUUCUUAAACCCUGUCUGUUACAACCAAACACAACCUGUUUUUUUCUCUGCAAAUUUUCUUUCUCAUUUUCUCAGGAAACAAACGCUCUUAUAUUUUCUCUCUGGUUUACAACGUUGCUGGAACAUUGCUAUGAUGAUGAUGAGGCGUGGGGUUGUGAACACUGCGCUGUUGGCGGCGAAGGGUUCUUGGGUUAGAGCACCUGCUUCUGCUUCUUCCAUGUAUGGUGGUGGUUUGAGGAGUUUCUCCACCGCUAUGGCAGAGAAGGAGGUUGAACCUUCUCCUCAGCACAGUGCUGGUGGGAAGAAAGAUGAAAAGGGGGUUAUGAGUUACUGGGGGAUUCAAACUUCUAAGGUUACCAAACAGGAUGGUACAGAGUGGAAAUGGAAUUGCUUCAGGCCAUGGGAAACUUACAAAGCAGAUGUGUCAAUUGAUCUGGAAAAGCAUCACCCAACAAAGACGUUUAUGGACAAGCUGGCCUAUUGGACUGUCAAGAGCCUCAGAUACCCCACUGAUUUGUUUUUCCAGAGAAGGUAUGGAUGCCGAGCAAUGAUGCUGGAGACAGUGGCAGCUGUGCCAGGCAUGGUAGCAGGCAUGCUGCUCCACCUGAAAUCGCUGCGGCGAUUCGAGCACAGUGGUGGAUGGAUCAAAGCACUCCUGGAAGAAGCAGAAAAUGAGCGUAUGCAUCUGAUGACCUUCAUGGAAGUGUCAGAUCCCAAGUGGUAUGAGCGUGCUCUUGUGAUAACUGUCCAAGGAGUUUUCUUCAAUGCAUACUUCUUUGGCUAUUUGGUCUCACCUAAAUUUGCGCACCGCGUGGUUGGUUACCUUGAGGAAGAGGCUAUCCACUCCUACACUGAGUUCUUGAAGGAGCUAGACAGUGGUAAAAUAGAAAAUGUUCCAGCUCCAGCCAUUGCCAUAGACUAUUGGCAGCUUCCACAAAACGCAACUUUAAGGGAUGUUGUCAUGGUUGUGAGAGCUGAUGAGGCACAUCAUCGUGAUGUCAACCACUUUGCAUCGGACAUAAUCCUCCAAGGACGAGAGUUGAGAGAUGCUCCUGCUCCAAUUGGUUAUCACUAAAGUUCAACAUGUUGGCCUGUUUUGGUGUUGGAUUAAUAUGGAAGUUUUAAGACUCAAACUCUGAAGUAAUUUUGGCUACAAAUUUAAUAAACUCUGGUGACUAAAAGUUUUUAUGGUUUUGUCUAAUGGUGCUAAUGUAUAUACUGUGGACUCCUUAAUUCUACUGCACACUCUUGAGGGUGCAAGUAGAGAUAUAUGAUAUAUCUCAGAGAGCUUCAUUGACUCAUUCUUUUCAUUCGCGAUUCCUUCAAUUUCACUGAUAUGGAAUUUAUACAUCAUCUGAGGAAUGCUGCUAUUUCAUUUUUAGAGAGGUUUCACAGGAAAACCUACUAUGAAAAAACUAGAUAUUCUGCUUCUGAGAACCACCUGUUGAGGUCGAAGAGUCUUCUUUGAGGAAGAACUUGAUGUUGUUUUCACAAAGACAGGACUCUUUGACCAAUAUGUUGCAAGGUGCUACUACUACUAUGCUGCAGGCUCCUAUUGCUCUUUUGCUUCUUUGAAGUAAGUUUGGAAGCAAAAUUGAGAUAUUGAGGAACAUCUUGGAGAGUGAAUAUUCUAAAAAGCUACCAAUCUUCUCUAAUCACUUCCCAGGUGUCAUUUUCCUCCUUUAAUUCAUCACGAGGAUAACUAGGCAAUUGCUACACUAAAUAUGGAAACCUAAACGUGUUAGAAACUACGCAAUUGCUUCCAAGAUUGCUUAAUAGGUUAAAACUAACCAAUCACGUAACUUCGUAUGUUUGACAUAUUUAACUUUAUUGUUAUUUGUCAUUAUCCUAACUAAAAAUAAGGGUUGGCGUACCUCUUGAAAGCUUUGCUAAAAGUAUGCAAAUAUGUUUGUUUCUGGAAUGUAGACAAGGUAGACAUUCCUCUGUUCCUUUACAUGCUCCUUAUUCUGAAUAAAAAGGUAAAGUAAAAGUUAUUUGUAGGGUACAGUGUAGAAAGUCAUAAGAAUUGACCAUUUUGCAUACAUAAUAUUAUAGCAUGCUCUGUAUGAAUUACAGAUAUAUAUUUAACCAGUCCACUUCCUCCCAAAGACCAAUCAUGAAUGGGAAUUCUUGUGAUAAUCAAGAUUAAAAUUUAUGAAAUGAUCAUAGAAAGCUGCAUGGUCUUUUAAAAAGUUUUAUGAUUUUUUAUUUUAAAUUUCUACUUUUCAUGGCUAAAUUAAAUUUACUGUUAAUAUUUACCUUUCUUUUUUUUUUGAAUGAAUAUUUACCUUUCUUACUUUCACUUGAUAUAUGUCUCGCCCAUACACAUAAUUCCAAAACUAACAAUAUAUGAUUUUCUAUAAGAGUGAAAGAAGUUAAAACUAAAUAAUUACUGUGACUUUUUUAGUUUUCUAUUAUAAGGACUGUGACUUUCUUAGUGGGUUACAUGAAUACAUGUUGAUGUUGGCCAGAAAUAUUUUAGUAAUCUAUAAAAAUAGUAUGUGUAUUAUAUUCUGUAAAUAUAAUAUGUAAACAAAUAGUAUAAUAUUUACACACGCAAGUAGCUAGACACCUAGCUAGUUGUUUUUUAUAUAUAAAAAACGCAGAAACGUAUAUCUUGUUAGGAGAAUAAUACAAAGACAUCAAAAUUUCACAAGAGAUAGGAAUAGAAGAGUGUGAAAUAAGAAAUGUGAAUGUGAUGGAUGGUUUGAUAAGAAAAAAUAAAGACAUAGCUAGGAAAAAGAAUGAAUGAAAUAUAAUGAAAGUAAAAGUAGGUACAAAUAUAUCCAAACUCACCCUGUUAAAAUACUUCUACAGGUAUGGACAUAAACCACAAAUUGCAGGUAAACGUUGCAACUAUGUAUUGUCUAAUUUUAUAUUUAAGCACAGCCUUUAAAAGAAAAAUAUUUAAAAAUCUCCUGGUGGGAUUAUUUUUUUAAUGCCAACCUAAACAAAAGAGCAAGGCAUAUAUUUUUGCGGUAUUUAUAUGUAUAUGUAUAUAACCUCACCACUAAUUCAUGGAUAUAUGCUUCUUCUCCUUUCUCCUUUCUUUUUUUUUUGUUUUUUUUUUGAUUUUUUUUUUGAAAUAAACAAAUGGGAAGCGUUUGUUUUGCUUUAAAUUUAUCUAACAUACAAAUCCCGUUUUUCCUGGUAUUGAAACAUAAUUUUUUCUCUUUUAAUUAAAAUUAUCAAUCACAUGAUCUUUUGAUAGCCUUCCAAGUUUUCUUCAAUACAUAUUUCUUAGGCUAUUUGCUCUCACCUAAAUUCGCCCACCGUGAGGUUGGUCACCUUGAGGAAGAGGCGAUAACUCCUACACAGAGUUCCUGAAGGAGAUGGACAAAGGAAAGAUUGAAAAUGCCCCAGCUCCAGCCAUUGCCUUAGACUACUAGCAGCUGCCACCAAACUCAACUUUAAGGGAUGCUGUCAUGGUUGUGAGAGCUAAUGAAGCACAUCAUCGCGAUGUCAACCACUUUGCAUCGGGUAUACACAACCAAGGAUGAGAGUUUUUUUUUUUUUUUGGACAAAGGUGUAUGGAAUAAAACUCAAAAGGUUGUCAAACGACACUUACAACAUGCGAGAGUAAAUCUCUGAGAGCUACCACAAUGCACACAAUCAUAAGAAAAUAAAGAGCAAGCAUGCCUACUCAGCUGAAACAAUCAGCAUUGAACAUGAUGUAAAAACCCUUGAGACAAACAAAAGCCCCUCAAAACCCAAAUUAACAAAGCGCCAUAUGACUUCUGAGCGGAGAAGAUAUGAACAACUUUAACCAGCGCUCCCAAACCUACAACCCGACUCUGCCGGAUUAGUAGCGUGCCGAUGAAAAGGAAGCCUACGGCGUGGCUUCAGCGGCAACAAAAGGGGUCAUUUCACAGCUCUGAGAACAAGGCGAUGAGGGAAACUUCUGACGAUUCCAAAAACACAGCAGCAGCAAAAGCUGAAGGGGGCGAAGGAUGAAGUAGGUAAGAGAAGCCCAGAAGGAAUGCCAGAGAUCAUUGUGCCGUGAGCGAAACCAACAUAGUGGAGGAAACCAACAGAGUGGAGAACCAGCGUUGGUACUGUGGCCGGAGCUAAAGGUGGGAAUCGGAACUGUUACCACGAAACAGUGGAGCACAGAUCCAACCUACUUUCCUUACAAAACAGAUUCAACUCAAGGUCACCUCUAGCAACCUAAGGUGCCACCAGAAAGGGACGGAGAAGAAGAUGGCCUCAGGCACAGGUUACAGCAGAGCAACACGGCAGGUCGAGCUUCUGGACCAUUGAGGCUAAACCAGAGACCUGGUUCCUUUGAAAAAGACAUGAACGCUCUAGAUCUGGAGCUUUGACACCCGGUGGUUGAAGGUGGUGGCGGAUUUGGCGGUGGAGGCAAAUGAGGCGGAUUUGGAAGAAACAAAACCCACUUAUUUGGGUAAGAAAUCCACCUAAUGUGGAAGAAACCCACCUGAUGUGGGAAGGAACCUACCUAAUGUGGGAAGGAAGCUCUAAAAAGCAGAAGGAAAGCCUCCAUGGUGGAGGAGAAAACCCCCCAAUGGGGGAGGAGACCCCCAAAGGGGGUUGACGGCGCUGUACACCAAGUUGUGCCCUAGCAGAGGAGUAGUUAGGAAGAGUUUUAGCUGAUCUAGGACGAGAGUUAAGAGAGGCUUCUGCUCCUAUUGGUUAUCAUUAGAGUCCAAUCCGUUAUUGUUUUGGACUUUGGGUGUUGUACUGUGAAAGAUUAGGUCUCAAAGGUUUAAAGUUGAGCUACGUGAUAUCUCAUAGACCCAUAUGUUGAGGUGGAUGUAUAUAUCAUAUAUGUAGUCUUUUGGGUGUCCUUGCUAAGA